GAGGAAGUAAAGAAGGCGCAGCAGAGAGGAAGAAAGUCUCAUCAGUAUUUCUGCUCUUAUGACGUGUGUUUAAACUGUAAUGAUGGCGAGACUGAGCGAACACGGGAUCCGCCUCAGCUCUAUGAGCCCGUCGUACCUGGAGAGCAACUCCACCAGUCACACAUGGCCCUUCAGUGCUGUCGCAGAAUUCAUAGAUAAUGCGUCUGACCCUGGUGUAACGGCCAAGAACAUCUGGAUAGAUGUGGUGACGGUCAGAGACCAGCUGUGUCUCAGUUUCAUGGACAACGGCAGCGGUAUGACGCCCAACAAACUCCACAAAAUGCUCAGUUUUGGGUUUACAGAGAAGGGUUCUGGUAAAAGCAGCCAUCAGCCCAUCGGCGUGUACGGUAACGGGUUUAAGUCGGGUUCGAUGCGUCUGGGUCGUGACGCUCUGAUCUUUACGAAGAACGGUGGCUGUCAGAGCGUCGGUAUGCUGUCUCAAAGCUUCCUGCAGGCCAUCAAAGCUCAAGCUGUGAUCGUACCCAUCGCCCCAUUCAACCAACAGACCAAGACUCUCGUGGUAACGGAAGAUUCAGAGGCGAGUUUGAGAGCCAUCCUGAAAUAUUCUCUCUUUCAGAGUGUGUCUGAGUUACAGGAGCAGCUGGAUUCCUUACAGGGCAAGAAAGGCACCAAGAUUCUCAUCUGGAACAUUCGCAGAAAUAAAGAUGGAAAGCCGGAGUUUGACUUUGACACAGAUUCAGAGGACAUCCGACUCCCAGAGAUUCGAUCAGAGGAGGCUCAGGGAAAAUUGAGGAGAGAUUAUUACAAGCAUCGCAGAGACGGUCACGUUCCUGAGAUGGAGUAUUCUCUCCGAGCAUAUCUCAGUAUCCUUUACCUGAAGCCCAGGACUCAAAUCAUUCUGCGACAGAAGAAAGUUCAGACUAAACUGGUCGCUAAGAGUCUGUCCAUGGUUGAGAAUGACGUCUAUAAACCUCAUUUCAUCAAUGAGAGAGUGAAGAUCACAUUUGGAUUCAACGGGAAAAAUAAGGAUCUUUUUGGCAUUAUGAUGUACCAUAAAAACAGACUGAUAAAGGCCUAUGAGAAAGUGGGCUGCCAAAUCAAGUCAUCAGGUCAAAGGUCAGGGGUCGGAGUCAUUGGAGUGAUUGAGUGCAACUUCCUCAAGCCCGCUCACAACAAGCAGGAUUUUGAGUACACCAAAGAGUACAGACUCACUCUAGCUGCACUUGGUCUCAAACUGAACGACUAUUGGCGUGAAAAGAAGGAAAAGAAAGCAAAAGAGAGAGCGUUUCUGGCCUUAGAGAGAAAAAACAAAGAGAGUGACACGGAGGAAGAGGAUGAUGAAGAGGACGAUGAAGAGGAAGAGGAAGUUGAUGUGUCAUGGAUUCAAUGUGAAGAGUGUUUGAAAUGGAGAGGAGUCGCCACUCACCUGUUUGCUGGAAAGGUACCGGAUCCGUUCCGGUGCAGCAUGCAUCCAAUAGCACGCUUACGGAGCUGUUUGUUACCGGAGAAUACAGAAGAGAACGCUGUUGUCACACCCAGCUAUGAAAAAACAUUAAAAAAGCAGGAAAAUGCCUCGGUUAAGAGAAGAGGACGAUCAUUGGAGAUGAGCAAAAGUCCGGUGCAUCCUCUCUGUAGAGCACUAUCUGACCCAGCAUCAGAGACCAAACAGGAUGAGGUCAUGGUUACUAUGGCGAUAGAUUCACAUGAUACAGAUGAGGAUGGAGUCAAAGUUGCCGCUACUGAUGAGGAGCCUUCACCCUCUCCGAGAAAAAGAAGAAAAGAAACAUUGUCGCAUGUUGAAAAGGGCAAUAAGUCGCCAAAUCGUGCUGGAACUCCAGAACUCCCCCUUGAGGGAGACACAGAAACAACAGACAAAAUAAACGAACCUGAAACAAAUAGCAUCACAACACCACCUCUAGAUAUGGUGAUACAGGAGGACAAUAUUCAGCCAGAACCCUCAGUACUUGAGAGUCCUGUGGAGCCGCAGAUUUCUCAGGGGCCACCACAGCCCAAAGAUCAGCCCAGAAUCCCGCUUCACCCUCUCUCGCCCCACUCAUCUAUGACCACGGCUCAGACCGUGGUCGUCACCCCUCUGAGCCGCUCAGGAUUUCAGCCCGUUUCACCAUUGCCGACGGACGGCUCGGACCGCACGGCUCUUAAUCAGAGAAUUGCUCAUCUCGAGCGGGAAGCCAAGCGCUUAAAAAGAAUCCUGGGCAUCCUUGAGCCCAUGACAGAGGUUGCCAUGGUAACAGAGGCUGAAGGAGGCGGGCCAUCUGACGCCACCGCAAAUGAACGACUUGCGCUAAAUGGAGAUUCAGUGUCAUGUGACCAAAAUGUGGAAAGAUUGACCCCCAUGACAAACGAGUCCAGGGGCGAGGAACUCGCAGUUUGUCAGAAAUCAGAGGAACAGGCGAACAGGCCCCCUGUGCAGCGAAGCAGUACUCCACCUGUCCAACAGGGGGCAGAAACGAGACCUAAAGACGAGCUCUACUGGAGUAAGACAUUAAUGAAACUCCAGAGUGAGAACCGGGCGUUAUCAGAUGAACUGAACAAGCUGAGAACUGAGAGAGACCAAUUACUGAACCAAGUGAGACAAACCGAAAGAGAGACACAUGAGAGGAGAGACCAGAGCACAAACACAUCCAGUCACACUUAUAACAGCAGCGUCACACUGGAAAGGUUGAGGUCUCUCCGUCGGAAUGUGGUGGCAUUGCUCUCCUCCAUCCUGCCAAACCUGGAUAUGCAGGGCAUCGGCUACGACAACAUUGAUGUAGACAGCAUCCUACAGCAGAUCAUUCAGGCCAAUAACCUCUGAUCCUGGAACAGUGAUUACAGACAGGGGCCGGCCACCAAUUAAAAAGGAAAUGGUGAUAUUACUGCAGCAUUGUGGCGGACACAAAAAGCAUUACAAUACAGUUUGUACAUUUAAAGUUCGUUUCGUACGGCAGGUUAAAGCUUCAUUUCACACACAAACACUCACAAUCUAUUUGAAAGGAGAUGAAACCUCACAAUGGUUUAACAACCACAUUAAUAGAAAUGUUUAUAUACAUGAGGGUAUACCCAGCAGCCUAAAGGAACAAUGUUAUGCAGGUGACAUUAAUAUAUCUAUCGUUUAUAAAUUGAUGCAUGAAUCUCUCUCACACACGCUCUAUCUCUAUACCCCUCUCUCUCUCUACUCCUCUCUAUACCCCUCUCUCUCUCUCUCACACACACACACAAUCUCUCUCUAUACCCCUCUCUCUCUCACACACACACACACACAAUCU